GGCAUGUUUGUGAUUUGUAUACUAUGAUUGCUUAUAAUAAACAUUUUCAGGUUUCCAGAAUGGAGAAAGAGAAUCGAGAGCAGUUGGACGCUACUCCCAGUACCUCGGGAGCCACGAAUGUGAGAAGAGGUGCACGUUUAAAGAAAGACAAACAAUUUUAUUCCCCAGAAUUAAUUGGGCCGAAAAAUCCUAAAGAGCCUAUGAAAGUGGUAAAAAAGAAAGCUGGACAGUCAGACAAAUUGUCUGCUGCGCAAAAAAAGAAUAAUGAAUUGAAAGGGGACCUCUUUUUUCUUAACAAAUAUAGCGAAGCGGAAGCUGCUUGUUCUCAGCAAUCUGUGCAAGAAACAGCACCGCCAACGAUUUCAGACGAAUUAGCACAAAAUAUGUUGGAAAAAAUGUCCUCUUUGGAGAAUCGUCUUAUUGCUUUAGAGGAAAAAGUUGAUCAGUCUUCAAACAAAAUUAUUGAGGCAUUUCUCUCAAAUAACAGUAAACAAGAAACUCACACGGUAAUUUUUCUAUUUAAAUAUUGUAAAGAUAUUUCAUUUCACAAUUAAAAAAAAACUAUGAAAAUUCGAAAUACUUGAAUAGUAUU